UUGCUGAUUUCUCAUUUAAAAAAAUCGAAAUAAUUUUAAGAUCUGACGUGAUUGAACAAUUUGGAAUGCGGUAUUGGUUUUUGUAACCGAAAAUCUAUACAAAACACUUGACAAAAAUUUUUUUUGUUGGCCUGUGUAAUUAAUCUAACUAAUAAGAAAGUGCAAAAUAAAAUUAAAAGAGAAGAUGUCUUUUAGACAUGCGUGUUGUCUGAGAAGUAACAUCUAAUCUUUUACCAACGCCACCAAUUAAGUUAACUUUUUUACGUCCAAUUUUUUUUUUUUAGAAAAUAUACCAAAUAUAUAAUUAUUUUUAAAGGGUUUUGGGACUUUCGAAUACGAAAAUGGAAUCAAAACGAAAAUUCAAGAUAACAAAUACAAAGAGUCCUUAAAUUCUAAUCCGUAUAUUGAGACAUUUUCAGUGACGCACGCGAAGUACAUAGUUUUAAAUACGUAAAAUAAAAUUUAAAAAAUAUAACAAAGCGUAUAUCGAAUAAGCACGGAGGAAAAUUUAAAGUUUUUUCGAGUAUUUUACCAAAUAUAUUUUACAAAAUAAAAUGCAAUUGUUUUCUUCUUACACACACUAUAACGCAUCGUACGGCGUGAAUUAUUACGCAGUUUUUAUCUCGAUCUGUGAAGAUUGUUGAUCGCUCGCGGAAUGACAAAUUGAGAAGUUUUCUUCACGAAUAUUCGGCGCGAUGCCAUUCUUGAAGCCGCAGCGAACCACGUGGUGCGAACGGCGAGCAGAGGUUUGCAAGCGAAAUGGCUGGCGCCACGCUAUAUAUUUCCCCGAGACGAAACGUAUCGCCAAAGCGCACUAUAAGGGCGAAUGGAGAAACGAUAAGAGAGAGGGCAAAGGCAUAGGAGUCAACAGCUACGGCUGGAUGUACGAAGGCGACUGGUAUAACGACCUGAGACAUGGCUACGGCGUCCUCAGUAAAAUUACUGAAGACGGUGAGGUGCGCAAAAUGUACGCCGGCGACUGGGCGAGGGGAAAGAAGCAUGGAUUUGGAAGCAAUUGGUACAAGGACGGCAGCUAUUACGAAGGCACGUUUCGGGAGAACAAGAGGGACGGUUACGGCCGGAUUUGGUACAAGUGUGGCAGCGGAUAUUACCAGGGCACGUGGUUAAACGAUCGUUAUCAUGGAGAAGGGAUACUUAUUCAAGAAAACGGUAAUCUUUACGAGGGUCAGUUUACAAAUGGCAAGAAGGAAAGUCGGGGUGUUUUCUACCACCUAGACAGACGUCAAGUGCAAGAGGGUCGUUGGGAGAAUGACGUCUGCGUGAACAGCACGAUAGAGGACGUCGACUGCCGACCGCCAGCUUUACAUCCGACAUUAUACAUUUCAAGGAUAAACGGUCAAGCAGCGAUACACUUAUAA